CAAAAUCACAAGCAAUCCACACAAGAAAAUAAAAAGAUAGAUAAAAACCAUUUUCACGUCGGCUUCGGAAAUCUCGUGAUUUUUUUUUGUUUCUCUUAUGCAAAAAAAAAAAAGAGUAACCAAUCGGAAAAAACCUUUUAGUCACAUAGAAAAAGAUUUUGGCGGUUGGAAACAGAAGGGCUCUCUCUUCUUCGUUACCGUUUUGGACCCGAUUCCUUCUCCUUCGUGUUUCCUUAUUACUGACUCUGACUCGUUCUUUCUUUUAUUAAUUCUCUUGCUUUUUUUUUCUUUAAAGAUUUUCAUCGGGAAAAACAAAACAAAAACAUGGGUUUCUUCACCAGUGUGUUGGGGAUCAUCGGUUUUGUAAUCGGAAUCCCUAUCGGACUCAUCCUUGGUUUCUUCGUCUUGAUUUAUUCUCAGCCUUCACACCAAGAGAUGGUGAAUCUGAGAGCCUAGUUUUGAAUUAAAGCUUGUUACUUUUCAUCAAAGUUUGAGACUUUCGUUUACUGUUCAUAUAAUUACUGAUUACAUCUACUUAGUUUAUGAAUCUGAGGGUUAAUGAUUUAACACAUUGCAGUAUCCACCUGCGAGGCCACUAGUUGAGACUAGUAUCAGUGUUCUUCUUGAUCUUUUACCAGACAUUCCAUUAUGGAUGAAGAAUCCAGAUUAUGAAAGAGUGGACUGGUUCAACAAAUUUAUCUCAUACAUGUGGCCUUACCUCGAUAAGGCUGUUUGCGGGAUCAUCCGGAGUUCUGUACAACCUUUAUUUGCAGAUUAUAUUGGCACCUUCUGUAUAGAAUCCAUUGAGUUCGAAAAUUUGAGUCUUGGAACGCUUCCACCUACAGUUCACGGUGUUAAGUUCUAUGAGACCAAUGAGAAGGAGCUUCUGUUUGAACCAUCAAUCAAAUGGGCAGGCAAUCCCAACAUUGUUUUGGUGCUAAAGGUUCUGUCUUUACGAAUUAGAGUUCAGCUAGUAGAUCUCCAGUUUUUUGCAAUAGUGCGUGUAGCUUUGAAGCCUCUUCUGCCGACAUUCCCUUGUUUCGGAAUGGUUGUAGUUUCGUUAAUGGAAAAGCCACAUGUUGAUUUUGGAUUGAAAGUGCUUGGUGGAGAUCUCAUGUCCAUACCGGGGCUCUACAGAUAUGUUCAGGAAACUAUUAAAAGGCAAGUUUCAAGCAUGUACCAUUGGCCACAAGUGCUUGAGAUACCUAUUCUUGAUUCUUCAACAGCGUCUGUAAAGAAGCCUGUUGGAUUACUACAUGUGAGCAUUCUUCGAGCUCGUAAUCUCCUCAAGAAGGAUUUGUUGGGAACAUCCGACCCUUAUGUCAAGCUUAGCUUAACUGGAGAAAAGCUUCCAGCAAAGAAAACCACCAUAAAGAAGAGGAACUUAAACCCGGAAUGGAACGAACACUUUAAGCUCAUCGUCAAGGACCCAAACUCACAAGUCCUUCAACUAGAAGUCUUUGACUGGGACAAGGUCGGUGGGCACGACAGAUUAGGAAUGCAGAUGAUCCCUUUGCAAAAGAUUAACCCGGGUGAGAGGAAGGAGUUUAAUCUUGAUCUGAUUAAGAACUCAAAUGUUGUUAUGGAUUCUGGAGACAAGAAAAAAAGAGGAAGAUUAGAGGUUGAUCUCAGGUAUGUGCCAUUCAGAGAAGAAAGCAUUAAGCGUAGAAAAGAGAGCAGAGAAGAGAAAUCAUCAGAGGACGAUGAUUUUCUCAGCCAAGCCGGUCUACUCUCGGUUGCAGUCCAAUCUGCAAAAGAUGUCGAGGGCAAGAAGAAACACUCGAACCCUUAUGCUGUUGUUCUCUUCAGAGGAGAAAAGAAGAAAACUAAGAUGCUGAAGAAAACACGAGACCCUCGAUGGAACGAGGAAUUCCAGUUUACACUAGAGGAGCCUCCAGUGAAAGAGAGUAUACGCGUUGAGGUCAUGAGUAAAGGAACCGGCUUUCACUUUCGAUCCAAGGAGGAACUAGGACAUGUAGACAUAAAUCUGGACGAUGUAGUUGACAAUGGAAGGAUCAACCAGAAAUACCAUCUUAUCAAUUCCAGAAACGGCAUUAUUCACAUUGAGAUCCGUUGGACAACUAGUUAACAAAACUGAUAACAAUUCUGGCAUGAAGUUUUGUUCUAGUAUGGCCUUUGUAAAAUCUUGCAUGUACUUGAUCAAAAUCAUAUAAUUUUAAUAAAAUUUCGAAGUACAUAUUAAAUGUUGAUGUUUUCUGUACGUACGUAUAUUGGAGUAAAUCUUCUUCUUAUGUUUUAGGAAUUAGUUAGCGCUACCAAUUUCGUCUAGUUGCUUGUAUCUACGUGGUCUGGUGAUAUAUUGAUUGUUUGUCUUCAAUGUAGUUUUUU